ACUUUUCCUACUUAAGGAACACAAAUUACUCUAAAAAAUGGCAACCCAAUUGGUUUCCUCAGGGUCAUCACCAUCUUUCUCCUCACUAGUGGUGAACCCAAUGCCUAUUUACGGAUCAAUAUCCAUCCAAGGGCUUUCACCUAAUAUGAAUGAUCGAUGGUUCAUAAAGGAAAAUCUUUGCCAACCUGAUGUUAUGGGUGGUUUGCCCCUACAUUUCUUUGCUGUGUAUGAUGGCCAUGGCAGCUAUCAUGUAUCCUCACUUUGUGAAGAUUUAAUGCAUACAUUUGUAGCAGAGGAGCUAAUGCACAUCCAAAAUGUAUCUAGGGGUGGAAAUGAUGGUAGUGGUGUUAAUACUUCCAGCUUAGCACAAUGUACUCAUCAACAAGGGUGGGAGGAUUUGAUACAAAGAGCUCUAAAGAAUAGUUUUGAGAGGAUGGAUCAAGCUGCCUUAGGCAAUUGUUCUUGUGAUAGGGCAUCAAAUAUAUGUAGAUGUCGCUCAUUUGUAUACAACAUUUCAGGAUCCACUGCCAAUGUAGCAAUCCUUUCAUUGCAUCAUAUUAUGAUUGCCAAUUGUGGUAUCUCACGUGCUGUUUUGUGUCGUGGUGGAAAAGCCUUUCCAUUAUCGCAAGAUCAUAAGGUUAUUUUAUUUUAAUAACAUAUUUUGUCUUUUACGAGUGGUGAAUGUCUUUUUUGGUAUUUCAAUCAUGCUUGUUAUCCAUUUUUUCAUUAGCCAAAAAGUUACUUUUUAGUCCCUUAAUAUAAAACACAAAAAUUUUCCCUUUUCCUCUUUUAUAUUUCCUUCUUAAAAUUUGUUGGCCUUUUAUUAUCUUGGCCUUUUUUUAGUUUUGUCUUUUUCCUUUAUGAAAUGAAUUGCCUAACUGUCU